AUGGACAUCUGGGGCCUCGCGUCGCUGUCCCGCCGAGACAGCCUCGUGGCCGUUCUGUGCUCGUGGGUCGGCGUGCUGUCCGUCCUCAGCGUGCUCUACAGCGUCGCCAGCUUCGUCUCGCCCUUCCUCCGGCCCUCCAGGCUCGGCCGCUACCUCCACGACACGGACGGGAAACCAGCCUGGGCCCUGGUCACGGGCGCCUCGGACGGCAUUGGGAAGCAGUUCUGCCACCAGCUGGCCUCCCGCGGCUUCAACGUCGUCCUGCACGGCCGCAACCCCUCCAAGCUGGCAGGCGUAAGGGACGAGCUGGAGAGAGCCUUCCCCCGGCGCCAGUUCCGCACUCUGAUAGCCGACGGGUCUGCCAUCGCCUGCAACAGCUGCCGCCCUCCGACACCAUCGCCAGCCAGCAACUCCAACGUCGACAGGCAGCCGGCCCUCGUCGACUUCGACGCCAUCGCCGCCUCGCUGGCAGACAUCAACCUGACCGUGCUCGUCAACAACGCCGGCGGCGGCGUCGUCAACCCCGUCUACCAGUUCCUACAGCACUGCUCCGAGGCCCGCCUCGUCGGCAACAUCAACCUCAACGCCGUCUUCCCGCUCCUCAUGCAGGCCCGCCUGCUGCCCCAGCUCCUCGCCAACGCGCCCUCGCUCGUCCUCAACAUCGGUUCCAUGUCCGACAACGGCCUGCCCAUGCUGGCCUCGUACGCCUCUAGCAAGAAGUUCGGCGACACCGCCUCGCGCAUCCUCUCGCGCGAGCUGGUCCUCCAGGGCCGCCACGCCGACCUUGAAAUCCUGUCCGUGCGCGUCGGCGAGGUCACCGCCACCUCGUACAACUCCCACCCCGUCUCCUUCUUCGAGCCCCACGCCGCCACCAUGGCCGCCGCCGCCCUCGCCCGCGUCGGCUGUGGCCGCCCUGCCGUCGUCGGCUACUUCCCCCAUGCCCUGCAGCAGGCCGCCAUGGACCUGGCCCCGGCCUGGGCCCGCGAGAAGUCCAUGCUGCACGUCGUCAGGGACCGCUGGAGGCAGGACCAGGACAUGAUGGCCAAGAAUGCGUGA